UUUGGUUCCUCGCACAGGCUUCUGUGCCAUCAGUGACCAGCAACUAUUCGGUAUGGUUUGAGGGAAUAGUUGGUAAUUAUGCAGGAGACGUUGCCAUUUGAUGACUUGAGCAUUAGUCCUGGACUCUGUCCAUUGGCAGGAAACUGCGGGUUUGAAAAAGGCUUCUGUACAUGGACUAACAUGAAAAAUGAUGAUUUUGAUUGGCUAAUUGGGAAAGGUUCAACAAAUACUCAGUUCACUGGCCCAACAAAUGAUCACACUGAAAACACAGCUCAGGGUCACUAUGCCUUUAUUGAGGCCAGCUCUCCUCGUGUUCCUGGAGAUAUUGCUAGGAUACAAAGUCAGAGUUUUACCCCUGGAGGAAGUCGGUGUUUCCAUUUCUGGUACUUCCUGACCGGUAGCGGUAUUGGUUCCCUCAAUGUGUACCUGGUCACAGCAUCAGGCAAUCAGACUCUGUGGUCACUUAGUGGAAACCAAAAGAACAUGUGGCAAUCCGCCCAAGUCAGUCUGAAUAGCACAACACAAUUCACCGUGAUAAUUGAGGGAAUACGUGGCUCAAACUACCAAGGAGACAUCGCCAUUGAUGAUGUUAGCUUCACAACUUCGUCGUGUACAUUAAUGCCAUCCUAUGCUAACCCAGCUGCUCAGACUACAGCCAGUACCAUGUCUACCCCAGCCUCUACUUCCGCCUCCCCAACUCCAGCGGCAACCCAGUAUGACUGUAACUUUGACAAUGGGCUCUGUCUGUGGAAACAAGACACUCAGACAGACCAAUUCAACUGGACACGAGCACAGGGCCCUACAGGGUCAGCUGAGACUGGCCCAACCAACGACCAUACCAAGGGAACAAGAUAUGGUUGGUACAUAUUCAUUGAGGCCUCUAAUCCUCGACGUCCUAACGACACUGCCAGAGUGAUGUCCCCUUUGAUAUCUGAUAACAGUCCUAGAUGUCUGAGUUUCUGGUAUCAUAUGUAUGGUACACAUGUGAAUUUACUCAAUGUAUACCAGACUAGAAGUAUUUCCAGCCUUGGUACUGCUAUCUGGAGUCGACGUGGAACACAGGGUAACCAAUGGCUGCAGGCCAAGGUUGCUAUCACACCUUCCUCACCAUAUAUGAUUGUGUUUGAAGGAGUUAGAGGUAUCAGCUACCGUGGUGAUAUCGCCAUUGAUGACGUCAGAAUGGCUUUAGGAAGCUGUGGAUAUGCAUCUGUUAACAACUCGUGUGACUUUGAGAGCUCUACCAUAUGUGGCUACACACAUUACACGUCUGACCAGCAUCCGUUCCAGUGGCACCAUGGAUCAACAACUUCCAGCGGUACUGGCCCCAGUGCCGACCACACCCUGGGCACUACUGCUGGUCAUUACGUCUACAUGGAGUCCUCGAAUGUCCCUGUCAACAUGACAACUCACUUAAUCACGCCUGCUAUGUCUGCCACGUCUGGUCCUGUCUGUGUACGGUUUUACUACCACAUGUACGGUCGUAAUAUUGGAGCGCUAAAUGUCUUUGUCACAGCAUCCAACACUGACCCAUCUCAAAAAGGUCGGGCUGUGUGGACACGUAACUUCAACCAGGGCAACAUCUGGCAUCUGGGACAGGCCACCAUUACACCAAAUGGUCAAUACUAUGUGGUGUUUGAGGCUGUAAGGGGAACAUCUUACCUGGGUGACAUAGCCCUGGAUGAUGUCAGUUUUAAGAAUGGACAAUGUUCAAGUGCAGGUUCGUGUGAUUUUGAAAAAGGCACAUGUGCAUGGACAAAUGUUCAGAAAGGAGAUGAUUUUGAUUGGCUUAGAUCCCGAGGAAGUACAAAUAGCCAGUUCACUGGGCCUACAACAGACCACACCUUAGGUACUCCCCAGGGUUACUACAUGUUCCUAGAGACCAGCGCUCCACGUGUCCCAGGGGACAAAGCUCGACUUGCUAGUGAAAUAUUCCCUGCCAAGCAGACAUCCGCCUGUUUCAUCUUUUACUACCACAUGUAUGGAGCUGACGUGAACAGACUUACUGCUUACAUUCUAACAAAUCAGACGACGGACACUUUCACCUCCGAGGCCAUGCUAUGGACCCUACAGGGACAGGCUGGUAAUACCUGGAACAUGGGACAAAUAAAUAUCCCCACAUUUUAUACAGCCAGACCCUUCCAGAUAAUACUUGAAGGUGUACGUGGACCAGGCUACAAGGGAGAUAUGUAUUGUCUAUGUGUCUGUUUAGAUAAUACUUGA